CGUGAGCUCUGAAGUCACGCGAGAUUUCUCCGCGAGAUCUUGCUGUUUUCAACAUGGCAGGCAGCAAGUUGGUGCUGGAAGGGAGGAUAAGUAUUAUUAGCUUUAUCUCAGGACUGGGCGUCAUUAUAAUACCUUUACUUGUAAAAUUCGGCGCUCACAUUGACUGGAUUUUCGAUUAUCUCACGGAUGUGAACGGGAAAAUAGCCAUUGCGGCGUAUAUCACAGUUAUCAAUGGCUUCCUGCUAAUCAUGUACAAGGGACCUUUAUACAAGGUGGCUGUUCGAGCCUGCUUUCUUGGAUUUGCCUUCGGAUGUGGUCUCAUUUUAAGUUUUGCAGAUACAACAUGGACACACUUUGGCUGGUAUAUGUGUUCACUGUCAUUUUUUCACUACUCCGAGUACCUGGUUACUGCCAUGAUCAACCCACGCAGUCUGUCUCUAGACUCAUUCCUGCUCAAUCAUAGUGUUGAGUACAUAAUAGCAGCUAUUUCCUCCUGGAUAGAGUUCACUGUGGAACAGCUCCUUAUUCCAGAGAUAAAGCAGGUGAGCUGGCUCUCUCUGGUGGGUCUGGUGAUGGUGCUCUGUGGGGAGAGUCUGCGCAAAGCUGCCAUGUUGACAGCAGGAUCCAACUUUAACCACAUAGUGCAGAAUGAGAAGGCCCAGACCCACAUGCUGGUCACCACUGGAGUUUACGCUUUCUUCAGACAUCCUUCCUAUGUGGGCUGGUUUUACUGGAGCAUUGGCACUCAGAUAAUGCUGUGCAACCCAGUAUGUAUUCUAGGAUAUACAUUCGCCAGCUGGCGGUUCUUUCGAGAGCGGAUUGAGGAAGAGGAGAUCUCUCUCAUCCAUUUCUUUGGAGAGGACUACAUUGAGUAUAAGAAGAAGGUCUUUACUGGCUUGCCCUUCAUCUCAGGGAUCAAAGUUAACUCCUAAAGCUGUACUGCAUUGAACGGAGGAAAUAGCCUGAAAGUGCACACCUGGACACCUCUGACCGGCACUCGGAGCGAGCUAGUUGCCUGGUGGCAUCAUGUCUAGCCCUUUGGGGGUGGCACAGAUGUAUAAGGUGGCAGCACAGUAAAACUGACUCGUCUGAUCUGCUCUGAGACACUAUGGUCUGCUCUGAGCAGGGUGAAGCUUCCACCCUCAACACCAUCAGAGAUACUAGUACACAAACACCACAUUCUCUACUGCACUUUCUGAUCUUACAUUCUCUCUGUCUUCUACUCAUUUACAUACCAGUCAUCUGUCAUGUAUCCUCAUAUUUACAGUCUUUGCACCAUGUAAUUUCAUACGUUGGUUUAGUUUUUCUUGUCUUUUUUUUUCUAUUCUUUUUUAAAUCCCCCGGUUUUGUGGUUAGAAUCUUUAAAAUUGAGAUUCAGGACAUUGGUUUGUUUCUACUUAUGACAUCCAGAGUUUUUCACUAGAUAUUAAAAUCUCUUGCAGUAUUUUUAUUCAGAUAGGCUUUAAAUUGAACUUACUGCAGUGGACAUUUAGUCAUUGUCCAUUUUGUGUAAGGAGUAUAUCAGAAAUCUCUUUUUGCCGGUCUACACAUUUUAAAACCCAUUUCUGGAAAUCUCCAAGUAUCUGUGAUUUGUUUAUGCUGUUGGAAAAUUUUAAUAUUAUGAUUAGAAAAAUAAAAAUAUAUGAUAAAUUA